CAAUGGUGAUCAAACAUUUCAGAAGCAAACGGGGUGAGUCAUCUUCUGCAGGGACGCUGAAAUAUUAAUAGUUCUAUCUUUAUCGGAUUGUCCGUGCAGCCCAAACCCAGACUCCCACGGAGCUCUGCAAAACCAGCGGUUUGGACUGGAGAGGUGCCUUUGAGCUUGCAUUUUAAGGGUCAAGUCUCAGGCUCCGGAGAACUGGUACAGGGGCAGAUGGACUUACAACCCACUUGACCUGGAUCCCUGCAGCGCUUAUUGCAGGAGUGACAAGGACUCAACCUUCUGGAAGUAAUGCCCACAGAAAGCGGGAGUUGUUCAACUGCUCGCCAAGCAAAGCAGAAGCGCAAAUCCCACAGCCUUUCAAUACGAAGAACUAACAGCUCGGAACAGGAAAGGACAGGCCUGCCAAGAGAAAUGUUAGAAGGACAAGAUUCAAAGCUGCCUUCCUCAGUUCGCAGUACACUUCUGGAACUCUUUGGUCAAAUAGAAAGAGAAUUUGAGAACCUUUAUAUUGAGAACUUAGAGUUGCGAAGAGAAAUUGAUACUCUGAAUGAACGCUUAGCAGCUGAAGGACAAGCCAUCGAUGGAGCAGAACUUAGUAAGGGCCAACUCAAAACGAAAGCCAGUCACAGUACCAGUCAGCUUUCUCAGAAACUAAAGACUACUUACAAGGCUUCUACCAGCAAGAUUGUCUCUAGCUUCAAGACGACCACAUCAAGGGCCGUCUGCCAGCUUGUGAAGGAGUACAUUGGCCACAGGGAUGGCAUCUGGGAUGUCAGUGUUGCAAGGACACAGCCAGUGGUGCUGGGGACCGCAUCUGCUGAUCACACGGCAUUGCUGUGGAGUAUAGAGACAGGGAAGUGCCUUGUCAAAUAUUCAGGCCAUGUGGGUUCAGUAAAUUCUAUAAAAUUUCAUCCCUCAGAGCAGUUGGCUCUCACUGCUUCUGGAGAUCAGACUGCUCAUAUUUGGAGAUAUGUGGUACAGCUGCCAACACCUCAGCCUAUUGCCGACCCUAGUGUAAGCACAUUUAAUUACCCUGGAAACUCAACAUGGGCUAAGCUUGCAGGGUUCUGGAUAUUUGCAAAUUUUAGAAUAAAUUUAUUUCUGCUAAAGACUGAAUUGCUUGUAUUCUGUCAUCAAUUCGUAUUUUAAAACAUUAAUUCCCAGUGUUUCUGUAUUUGGAGAUAGGGCCUGGAAGGAAGCAGUUAGGGUUAAACAAGGUCGUGAGCAUAUGUCCCUGAUCCAGUGGAAUUAGUGUCCUAAUCAAAGAUAGCAGAGAGCUGUUUCAUACUUAUCUGUACCUUGUGUAAUAAGAUUUCAUUAAUCAAUCAUCCAUAACAGACUGAUUGUUUAUUAAAAAAAGCUACCAGAGAACUUGUCCUUCCUCUCCUACUCUCUCAUCCCCUCAGUUCCUGUUCUCUCUCCACUAGCCACGUGACGACAAAAUGAGAGGGAGGCCAGUUCUAGGCCAGAAAAGAGCUCAUGAGAAGCUCAGUUGUUAGGAACUUUGAUCUUGGGUGUCUGAUCUGCACUGGGAGAAAAUACAUUUCUGGUGUUUUUCAGUAGCUCAGUCUAUUGGUAGUUUAUUAUGACAACCUAAAUUGACUAAGAUGGAUUUAGGUAUUGAAA